CAAAAUGAUUGAAAUUCUUGGACGCUGUAUUUUUCUGUUUAAUUUUGUUGCCGACCUUCUCACACGUAAGCGGCAUGAAGGAAGAUUUUUCGUAUAAAAGGGCCCACCGAACAGAGUUCGAUCAGCAGUUGGCUCAACAGCAGCAGCUCUAAAGUCACCAUGAUCCGUGCCUGCGUCCUCCUGGCUCUCGCCACCAGCGCCUUCGCUGGCUACACCGGCUACGGCCUGGGCUACGGCCUCGGCGGUCUUGGCUACGGCUACGGUCACGGCCUCGGCUACGGUCUUGGCUAUGGCUACGGUCACGGCUUCGGCUACGGCCUCGGCUACGCCGGCUACGCUCCAGCCGUGGCUGCCGUCCACCACGCCCCAGCCGUCGCCACCGUCGCCCACGCUGCCCCAGCUGUCGCCACCUACGCCGCUGCCCCAGCCGUGACCAAGGUUGCCACCACCUACCACGCUGCCCCAGCCGUCACCACCGUCGCCCACGCCCCAGUGGCCGCUUACGCUGCCGCCCCAGUUGCCACCUACGCCGCUGCCCCAGCUGUGACCAAGGUUGCCACCACCUACGCUGCUGCCCCAGUUGCCACCUACGCCGCUGCUCCAGUUGCCACCUACGCCGCUGCCCCAGCUGUGACCAAGGUUGCCACCACCUACCACGCCGCCCCAGCCGUCGCCGCCGUCGCCCACGCCCCAGUGGCCACCUACGCUGCUGCCCCAGUUGCCACCUACGCCGCUGCUCCAGUUGCCACCUACGCUGCUGCCCCAGCCGUGACCAAGGUUGCCACCACCUACCACGCUGCCCCAGCCGUCGCCACCGUCGCCCACGCUCCAGUGGCCACCUACGCUGCUGCCCCAGUUGCCACCUACGCCGCUGCCCCAGCUGUGUCCACCACCACCGUCCACCACGCCCCAGCUGUCGCCACUGUUGCCCACGCUGCCCCAGCUGUCGCCGCCUACCACGCCGCCCCAGUCUACGGCUACGGUGUCGGCUCCCUCGGCUACGGCGUUGGCCACUACGGUUACGGCCACGGUCUCCUCGGCUACGGCCUGAACUACGGCUACGGUCUUGGCUCUCCCUUCCACUACGGCGCUCUUCUCCGCAAGAGGAAGUAAACCAUCCAACCUAUUUCAAGCGAAAUAAGAAGACAAGUUAUCGGCAUCCACCUCUGUAUUGCGCCAGCUUUAAGCAUGGACGAUUAAAGAGGACGAAUAAAAUUGGUCUGCACAACACUACGU